AUGGCAGCUAAGCUUCAGCCUCUCGCUCAGCGUCUGAUUGUGCAGCUGGGAUCAAUUCAUUAUCUUGUCCGGAACCGCAUUGAGUUCGAGUUACCAGGGAACACACCUUCUCCGGUCACCUCCCCUGCGCCGGCAGUCAUUAUCACUCUCGACAGCACGCCCAUCUCUCUUGCUGCUAUCCAUGAGAAAUUCACACAAUUCAAAGCAGCAGACGAUGUUUACAGCGAUGCGUUCAAUACCGGAGGAUAUCUCAUCGUGCAGCACCCAUGCAAUCAAUUCACAGGCACACUACCCACCGACGUAAAGGAAUAUCUCAAUGGAAGCUCGACAAAACUCUUGACUCUCGACGAAACACUACCAGAAGGGCCAUAUUUCGUGCUUGGAAACCAUUUGCACCAGGCCUGGCGACUACAUCCCGAUGUUUUGUCUGCAUUCGCCGUGGCAGUCUUACCAGACGACGUGAAUGCCUCGUCAAUGUCGAGGUCACACUCUGUGGAAAAAUAUCAAGCGUUUCAAAAUGCUGCUUUCACAGACGCUGCAGCUGCAGUAAGCGUUCCAGUUCCUUCCCGUCUUUAUUACCAAAAGACUUCCGAGCAACCGUUCGCUGGCCUCCGAGUCGCCAUCAAAGACAAUAUGCAUCUUGCCGGAAUUGUUACGGGAUUGGGUAGUCGCGCGUAUGCUGAGUUGUAUGGCAAAAAAGACGUUACGUCGCAGUACGUUUCUUCCCUAGAGAAAAAAGGUGCUGUUAUCGUUGGUAAGACGAAGCUAUCUGCAUUCGCAGGCUCGGAAGUACCACCGAACCAAUGCAUUGACUACUUCCCUCCGUGGAAUGCAAGAGGGGAUGGAUACCAGGGUCCUUCCGGUAGUUCAAGUGGAGCAGCUGCAGUGAUGGGUGGCUAUCCGUGGAUUGAUGUGUCCUUAUGUACAGACAGUAAGAAUCGUCUGAUUUCUGAUUUUCUACGAGCUGACAUCCUCUAG